AUGAUACUGACGUAGGAGAAAAAGGUGGGAACUUGUCAGGAGGACAGAAGCAGCGAAUAGCCAUUGCUAGAGCUUUAAUUCGAAAACCGAAAAUAAUCCUAUUGGAUGAAGCUACUAGUGCCUUGGACACAGAAAGCGAGAAGGUAAUGCUAUCAUCCCAUUUGCCUGUCCGUAGUACCAAAACUGUCUCAAUACCUUCAGUAGCCUAUACUUCAAAUCGAAGAUUGAUAGUGCAAGCGGCUUUGAACGAAGUUAGCCACGGCAGGACAUCCAUUACUAUAGCACAUCGGUAUUUGGUCGACUUGGCUCUAUUUGCAGAGAAUUCUGCCCUCUAG